AUGGGACAAAGACCUUCGAAGAAAGGCAAUGACGAGCUUGUCGACUAUCUCGUGAAGUCUGGUUCCGGCAUCAAAUUCAAGAGCGUGGAGCGAGCUUUUCGUUUGGUGGAUCGUGGUCGUUUCGUACCGGAAGAAGAUCGAGCCCAGGCUUACCGCGAUGCGCCAUAUGGACCGGGUCCGCUCCGCGAGCCACCAGCUAUCAUCGGCCCUGCAGAGGCGAACGUGGAUCCGGCGCCUGCGCCCGAGCCAGCGGAUGGUGCCAUCCACAUCUCAGCCCCGUGCAUUUACGCUGGGGCGCUCACGAAGCUCAACAUUCAGCAGGGACAGUCGUUUCUCAACAUUGGCUCGGGCACGGGCUAUUUGAACACAAUUGCCGGAUUCCUUAUUGGCAACGGCGGCGUCAACCACGGCAUCGAAAGCGUGGAUGCAAUUGUGGAAUACGCCUACAAAUGCUUGGACGAUACAUUGUCCCGCCCCGAAGUGAAUUGUUUCGAUUUCUGCGUCCCACGUUUCGUUUGCGGGAAUGUGUUCCGGUUGCCGGAUGAGCUCGAUCAGCUGUACGAUCGAAUCUACAUUGGAGCAGCCGUUGAUGAGGAGUCUUUGAGGAAGCUCGGUCGUUUGCUAAAGAUUGGCGGUAUCGCCGUCGCGCCCCUUCGAGGAGAUAUGAUCUGCUACCGACGCGUGGAGGUGGACAAGUUUGAGCAAGGCCGAUACGCGCACGUGGUUUUUUCCACCCUCCGUGAAGCCCAAGAAAACGAUCCAGUGGUCGAAUUCCCGUGCCGAGAGGUCUCGACAUUGUGCAGCAAGGCUCGAGUCGUCAUCCGACACGCUCUUAUUCAGGAGGCGCAAAAAGCCUUUCCAGUGAAGAUGCUCGUCAAGGUGACGGACGAAAAGGAGCAAGGUGAAAGAGACGCAGCUGAACAUCUAUUCGACCCGGCGCGACAGCGCGAGGAAGUCCAGCCUCCUGCGGUAGCAGGCCUUGAAGAUGAUCAUGAAGAACAAGAACUGGAUGCGCUGGAGCAAGUUUUGAUGCGAGACGUCUUCGGGCAACACCGCGAUGAAAUGGCUAAUCAGCUUCGUCAGUUUGAGAGGGAUGAGGGCCUUUUGGGUCUUCCCCUCCUCCCCCGCAUCCCCCGUCCGAAUGGUGCAGCCGAUUUUCGCGUAGUCCGCGCACGCCGCCUCCUGGAAGACCAGGCGAAUGCCCUCGGACGCGUGCAAUUGUAUUGGCAGCGUACUCGUGAGCGUGAGCGUGAAUUCGGGGUCAGGCUGCGGGACGUUUUCGAGCCUGCCGCCCGAGAUGAAGAACCGGAAGCGGCCCCAGACGUACCCCCGAACGACAUCCCAAUGGAAGACGGACUCGCCGCGGAAAUGCCGCACGCUGAAGAGGCAGCCCCCGAACGGGCGGAAGAAGCGGAACCCGCACGAGUAGAAGACGCGGAACCCGAACGGGUUGAAGAGCUGGUGGGCCUCGUCUACGUAGGCCCUCCGCCUCCUCAACCUGCCGCCAGCACACGUGACCAAGCCGUUGGGCCUGACGAGGAGGUGCAGACCAGUGACACGGACUCUACAUUUGAUUCGGACGAGAGCGACUCGGACGAUGAGGCGGUCGCCCAUUUCGGCCCGCGCUUGGACCAGCCGGCCAGCGACGGCAACAAGCGGCGCGCCAACGACGCCAAGCGCUUCCGCGCCAAGAAGCGCCGCAUGAACCGCCAGGCGCAGAGCGACACUAUGCAGCAAUGCUCGGAACGCUUCAUCCAGCUGCUCCAGCAGCAAAUCUGCUCCGAGAGGGUCAAGGCUUAUAUCAGGUACGGAGUCCCGCUCAGCAAGAUGGGACUGAAGCACGACGAGAAC